AUGUCAACAUCGACGGAGACAAUGGACACCCAGCAGACGCUGCGAUCCUUUGUCAUCGGUGGCGAGGAGCACAUUCUGCCCGCUGCUGAUGAUUCUCAGUUUCAAUCAGUGGCUCGUGGAAACCGCCAAGGGACACUGAAGCUUCGUGGCAUUCCCUCCUUUUCCGACCCUUUGCAGCAACGUCAAUGGAUGAAAGAGCACAUGGCCGCUGCAUUCCGCUACUUUGGCAAGAUGGGCUAUGCAGAGGGAGUCUCAGGCCACAUCUCUAUGCGCGAUCCAAUUUUGAAGGACCAUUUCUGGAUGAAUCCCUUCGCCAAACACUUCUCCAUGAUCAAAGCCUCAGAUUUGGUGUUGCUGGAUAGCGAGGGAUAUGUGGCUGAAGGCGGAGCUCAGUUGCCGAUCAACGAGGCCGGGUUCAUGAUUCAUUCCGAGAUUCACAAGGCUCGUCCUGAUGUAGUGGCGGCUGCUCACACUCAUGGAGUGUAUGGGAAGACAUGGAGUGCUUUUGGAAAACCAAUCGAGAUGUUGACUCAAGAUGCUUGCAACUUCUACGGCCGGCUGAGCGUAUACGACGACCACGGAGGUGUGGCUCUGUCUCGGGAGGAAGGCAGGCAAAUCGCCCAGGCGCUGGGCAAGGACAGCAUUGCGUGUAUCUUGCAGAAUCAUGGCCUGCUCACUGUCGGCCGAACCGUCGACGAAGCCGCUAUUCUAUACUCCAUGCUGGAUAACGCUUGCCAUGCUCAGCUUAUGGCAGAGGCGGCGGCCGCCAAUGGAAUUCCCAAACGAAUGAUCAACGACGACAUUGCCAAAUACACUGCCGAGUUUGCGCAAAACCCUCACAAUCUUUACACUGAGUUCCAGCCAGAGUACGAGCUGAUCGUCGAGGAAAGCAACGGACGUGUGCUUCAGUGA